UUUAACUUGGAAUGAAAUGUGUUUGUGUGUUUUGUAUUUUUGUGUAUCAACAUGAGUGUCAAAAUAAAGCUUAAAAGUGAAUAAUUGUUAUGUUAAAUAUGGGUAGUUUAAAAUUAUGUCGCCUUUGUGCUCUUGAAAGAGAAUGUUUCGUCAAAAUCUAUGAAGAUGAGGGGCAGAAGCUGAACCUAGCAACAAAAAUCACACAAUGUUUACAAAUAUGGCUGUAUCCAGAGGACCCGCUGCCCAAGUUGGUGUGCAUGGAUUGCUGCUCCAAGCUGAAUCACUACUUUGACUUCUUUGAGACGACGUCUCGGGCCCAACUGUCGCUGCAGGUGAUGUUCGACCGCAAGGCACCGGGGCAGGAGCCCAAGAAGGAGCUGGAGGGGGAGCAACCGGCCGCCCGCCCCGCCGAGUCCUCGCCCCGGCCGGCCAGGGCGCCGCCCGUCAUAGAAGCAGCUCCGGGUGAAGCGACGGGCCCUCCGGAAUUUCUGGAGUGUGUGCUGGCGGACAAGGAGGCAGCGGCCAAUCAGAACGGCGCGGACGGGUCGUCGCGCCGCAAGCGCCGGGUGCCGGUGAAGCGCAUGCAGCGGGCCGGAGCGCGGCGCCGGGAGCGCGCCAAGGCGGAGCGCAAGGGCAAGGAGCGCGAACGACGCGACAGGCAGGAGGAAGCAGAGCUGCAGCAGCAGGCGCUCCUCCAAGUCAAGGAGGAGGAGGUGAAGCAGGAGGGGCCGACGGGCGACGCGGAGGCGGACGCCAGCUUCCCGGACGACUGCGCGGAGGACCUGCUGGACGAGCUGGGCGACGCCUGGGACGACGGGCCGGGCCCCGAGGAGGAGGAGGCCAAGCCGGCCGGCAAGCCCAAGCCCGUACUGGAUGGCUACGUGUGGCAGUGCACCAACUGCCCCGGCGUGCUGCCCACGCUGCAGGAGCUGCGCGUCCACCACCACACGCAGCACAACCAGCCGCCCAACUUCAAGUGCGUGCAGUGCGCCAAGGUGUACACGCGCUACCGCAGCUUCGCCCGCCACGUCAAGCUGCACCGCAACCCCAAGAAGUUCAGGUGCGAGGAGUGCGGCAAGUGCUUCUCCCAGAAGACGGUGCUGCAGUCGCACAGCACGGUGCACACGGACGCGCGCCCGCACGUCUGCCCGCAGUGCGGCAAGGCCUUCAAGCAGUUCAGCUCGCUGUACCUGCACUCCAAGUGCCACCUGCCGGACCAGGCCAAGCCCAAGUUCCCCUGCGACAUCUGCAACAAGGACUUCGCGACGAAGCACACGUUGGAGACGCACCGCAAGAUCCACACGGGCGAGCGCAACUUCAUCUGCGACAUCUGCGGGAAGAGCUUCAUCGCCAAGGGCAGCCUGGACUACCACAUCCUGACGCACUCCGGCGAGAAGCCACACCACUGCCCCGUCUGCGGCAAGGGGUUCAAGACGGCGCGGCUGCUGGGCAAGCACGCCACGCUGCACACGGGCAUCAAGCCGCACCAGUGCGACGUGUGCGGCAAGCAGUUCCGGGAGCGCGGCGCGCUGCGCGAGCACAACCGCAUCCACACGGGUGCCAUGCCCUACACCUGCGAGUUCUGCGGCAAGAACUUCCGCUUCAAGGGCAUCCUCACCGUGCACAGACGGCAGCACACGGGCGAGCGGCCGUACGCCUGCACAGACUGCCGUCGGGAGUUCACCAACUGGGCCAACUACAACAAGCACAUGAAGCGACGCCACCGCGGGGACGCGGACGGCGCGGCGGGGGGGGCGCGCGCGGCCGCUCGGGCAGCGUACCAGCCGCCCGCCCCCGGCGCGGUGCUGCGCCAGCAGCUGGAGGCCAGCGUGUACCUGCAGCACCCGGGCGACGGGGGCGUGUACGCACCCCACCUCGCCCCCGGCCACGUGUCUGCCGCGGCCAAGGUGUUCCACGGCCCCCCGCCGCCGCCCAAGAUGGCCGUGUCGCUGGGCGCCGUGUACCAGGACAACGGCCAGGACUCGGAGCGCGCGGCGGGCCUGGUGGGGUCCUACCACGUGCCCCAGUACACGCCCUCCGGCCUGCCCAUGGGCAGCAUGGGCUACUACAUCCCGCCCAUCCAGCACUCGGACCAGGGCCCCAUGGACAUCCUCCCGCACCGCAUGGGCGCCAACCAAUAGCACACCUCCCCGCGUGUCGCGUUCGGCUCCUCCGCCUCACGCUCCUCGUGCGCAGCUUUCCCGUGAAGGCGAGAGAGCGUAUGAACACACGUAC